GACGAUCAUUUCUCUGGCAUAGUAUACACUAGUGGGUGUCGCAUCACGAUCAUACAUACUACAAUGAGCGGGAGAGGGAAGACAAAAAAAAGUCCAUCUGGGCCCGCGCAAAGAGUCCAGCCGGGGCCAGAACCAGGGUGUGCCAAGAGUUUGGUUCGGGACAAGAAUGGUUCCAUUGGAGGUUGCCAUGCAGUGAUGGACACUAAGGACAUGCAACAGAUUCCUGAGGAAAAUAAACCUAAGAAGCAUAAGCAGCCUAAGUGCACCACUGAGGGAAAGCCAACUGUGCCACAAGAGACCGGUUCAAGGAUUGUUGACUCACAUCAGGAUAACAUCCUGUUUACAACACUUGAUAAAUUAAAGAUUAAGAUGACACAUAAAUCGGAUUCAUCAAGAAUAGUCAAUGACGUGGUAACGUGUAUAAGUGACCACAUGAAAAAGCGUACAGAAUGCUUCAAAGAUGUAAAUCUUCUGCGCACUGGAAGUUACUACGAACAUCUAAAGAUUUCUGAUCCCGACGAAUUCGACGUGAUGUUUACUUUUCCGGUGAUGCGGGUGGACAUUCGGCCAUUUGGAGACGAUGGAGCUUUUUAUAGCGUGGCAUUUAAACGGGGAAAACACUCUCUGGGUCGCUUCCAAAAUAAGGACAACACGGUAUCUGCGAGUGAAAUGCUUAAGGAGUUCAGAAACGAAGUUAAAACAUCUGUGAAGACACAUAAAGACGUGUUGGUGGAGAAGAAGAAGAAGGGUUGCCCGGCGGUGACCUUAACGAUAAACAGGACGGGAACUGUUCCCAUCUCACUGGACAUUGUUCUGGGACUACAGGUCAAAUCGAGUUGGCCCACUUUCACCCAGGAAGGCUUCAAAAUAGAAACCUGGCUUGGGACCAAAGUGAAGAAAGAACUAAAGACACAAUCAUACUACCUCGUUCCGAAGUAUGAGGGAAAGGGCACGGUGGAACUGGAAGGGGUCUGCGCUAAAGACUGUUGGCGCAUCUCAUUCUCGCAUGUGGAGAAGAGUAUCAUAACAAAUCAUGGCUCUCAGAAGACCUGUUGCGAGGCAAACGGAAUUCCCUGCUGCAGGAAGGACUGUCUGAAGCUUCUGAAGCACCUGUUAAACCUUUUGGAGGCAGAGGACCCUCGUCUGUCCAAGUUCUGUUCCUACCAUGCAAAGACCACCCUUCUACACGCAUGCUGCUCCAGGACCAAGGACAGUGACUGGGAGGCGACGCAGCUGGGACCCUGCUUCCAGCAGCUGUUGAGAGACUUUGAGGGCCACCUGAAAGAUGGCAAGCUCCCCAACUUCUUCAUCCCCACACACAACCUGCUGGGCUCUGGCCACAACCGCAAGAGCUGCCUGAUCCUGGCCCAGUGUAUUGAGGAGCAGCGCAACAAUGGUUUCCCCAUCUUCGGCUAGUGAGUCGGGACUACCUCAAUCACUGCCCCCUUAGUGACUCACCCAGAGCCCCAAUAGACAGACAUAAGUGGAGUAUAGCUGUGGUCCCAUACUGUUGUCUAUGUUAAAAGGAAUGGCAUAGGCAGGAGGAAUUGAAGAGCAGAGGAGAAAGGAGUCAGAAGUUACCAUUUAAUUCAGAUCAGAACAGUUUUGAGUCUUCCCAGAGAUGAUACAUGGAGAAGAGCAGUUGGCUCUCACUCAAAUUAUAAAAAGGUAAUUUAAACUGUCUGUACAACACUAUGAAUUAUUCAAUAAAACAAAAAUUCGUAACACAAAAAA